AUGGCGGCCACUGUGGUGAAGAUCGGUAGUCACCUCAAGGAGUUGAGAUUUCAUCUUUGCCUUAAAUCUGCUUCUAGUCAGGGAAUUAGAGACUUUUUAGAAAAGAAUUAUGUGGCUCUGAAAACCAAAAAUCCAGAGUUUCCAUUCCUGGUACGUGAGGCAACUAAUGUGCAGCCCAAAGUGUAUGCCAGAUAUGAGUAUGGCAGGGAAUCCAGUCUGCCUCUGACCAACAUGACCAAGGAACAAGUGGAGAGGGCCGUGGAGAGUUUGAUCCAGAAGAGUCGCUAG